AUGCACUUUCUUUCUCUUCCAACAGAGAUCUUGGAAUUUAUCACCAUAGCACUUGACUACGCGAGUGAGGUAAAUUCACUCUCUCAAACAUGCCAACGACUCUAUGGUGUUGCCAACCACCGACUUUACGUCGAUUUUGCAGAAUGCUCCCCUCGUGGUCUAGACCGCGUUGUGCAGAAUGAUAAUGCGGAUGCACUAUACAGGCUCCUAGUCAACGGAGUCAGUUUCGAUCAAUAUUUCCGCACGACUGGGCAUCCAACGCCUCUUCGAUUGACAGUCGAGAAAGAUCUUUCAAACGUGGCUAAGCUUUUGGUGGUAUACUUGGAGGUCUUGCUGGGAAAUGGUAAGAGUGAAUACCGUUUUCUCCCAGGCAACCCGAGCUACCGGGAAUAUGAAGAUGACCUUGAAUGGACGUUACACCUUACUGCAGCAAAAGGUAGUCUAGGUGUUUUGAAAGCCAUUGCAUCUUCUCUUGUCGUAAAAUGGUGGCAAAAUGCUUCUGCUCUAGCGUAUGCCGUUCGAUGGGGACAAUUGGCAUCCGCUCGCUACUUGAUCGAGGAGGCUGGGGUGAACGUCAAUACAAAAGUUAUUGUUCAUGGAUUCUUUGACUCAGUUCUCGCAGAAUCGGCCUAUCAAGGAGAUCUGGAGAUGGCGAAGCUUCUCGUGGAAGCUGGUGCUGAUCUCAAACGUCCCGAGUUCGACAACAUUAUGAAGUCUCCUCUUUACAUUGCUGCUGCUCGUAAUCAUGAUACUGUAGUGCAGUAUCUGACGGAGAAAGGCAUGUGCUUUUCCCCUGUGCAGCCUUAUGACAUUCAUGACCUUGAGGAAUACGCUAGCUUGCCAAACUAUACGAUCUCGAGAAUUGUGGGUGGAGAUGCCAUUCGUGCAUUGAUGGCUAGCCCUUCAUAUAACUGGCAGGCAAGAGGAUCUCUUUUGUCCGUGGCUGCAGCUUGUGGUGACAAGUCCCUCUACGAAGAAAUUUUGAGUCGGCGAGAUCCUUAUCAUAAUCAGCAGCAUCUCGUUACAGAUUUCGGCGUUGCCGUGUUUCACAGGCAUACAAAUUUUUCAUGGUCCAAAUUGAUCUCCUAUACAACCCGCUACGAGAAUGUUUCAGCUUUUGAUAUUUUGCUCGAUUACGGACCUCCAGAGAAUCAAGCAGAAGCUAGCAAGGGCUGGUUGAAAAAACUGCUCUCUGAGGCUGUAGAUUAUCCUGAGCAUACGAAAAUCCUCUCGGAACAUGGCUAUCUGGACACGAUAAAAGAUAUAAAAAUUCUCAAGGAUCUAUUCACUUGUGCCUUUGCGUCUGACGACUUUUCGUUUGUAUGGAGGCUCCUGGAAACCAGCGGAUUCCGGCCUCUUGAUACAUUCUAUGGCCUCGAUUUUGAGUUCCAAGAAAUGAGUGUACUGCGAAUUGCAGCCUAUUAUGCGCCAGUAGGAAUUUUCAAAGAAUUGUUAGCUGCGGACAAUCUGACAUUGGACCCGUCUGAUGCCAUGCACCGUUCAGCAAUGGUAAGUGCGGCGUUGGGAACAAACUUCGACGUCCUCGAUUUUUUUCUAGAAAAAGGUUUCGAGGUAAAUUCCCUAUAUGAGAUGGACGCGCCAAACAGGGACCGCCCCGCAGAAGCCUUGAUAAUCCAAGUCGCUUCUGUGUAUCCUGGCCCAGAUAGAUUUAUCACGAAGGAGAUUCGGGAGGGCAUUACGACCACAAUAGAGUAUUUGCUUGACAAUGGCGCUGGGAUCGACACAGAAAAUUCAGAAGGACGCACGGCAUUAUCAAUUGCGUUGGAAGUUGGGAACUUUGAGCUGGCCAGGAUACUCUGCAGUAGAGGUGCAGAUCCAUUAGUCGGUCUCCAAUCUCAAAGCAAUGCCAGCGGUCUUGAACGACUCAUCCAACUGUUUGAGCGAAGUGAAUACGAUCUGAGAUUUCUGGACAUGUUCCAAGCUUUUUUGGAGCUUAUGGCAGCCAGGGGCUAUCAGAGUGAUGAUUUCCUCCGUCUCAUGCCCAACAACGAGGGGACACUUGCUCGUCCAAGGUUAACUUCCCAGCUUGCCAACUCCCCGGCAGUCAAGGGUCCUAUAGACUUGCCAUACUUCGAAGAUAAGAUUUAUGUACGGUGGUCACAUUUCUUCUUGAUAAAAGAGUUGCGAAAGCAGUAUUGGCGAUCCGUCUAUCCCAUCCGACAGUUGUUUGGGCGGUCGGAAAAUAGGCGACUGCAAAUCAGCUAA